AUGCAAUAUAGUAGAGAUACAGAUUCAAUAAUACAGAAAUUCAUCCUAAGGAUUAUUUCUGGAAGUAUGUAUUGAUUUAAUUAAAGGAAAGUGUAUUUCUCUGUUAGUGGUGUAGAAAAGUAGGGAGUGCCUAAGGCUAGUUAUUAUCUACCGCACCCUUAUAGCAGCUUGGUAACUUCAGAUACUGCUCAGUAUUCCUGGAUAAGUUUUGGAACGACCUGCUAUUCCAAAUCAUAUUGACUUCGCCAUGACGAAGGAAAGUCCAUUUAAGUACAUGAAAUUACAUGAUUUUUAUUUUAAGUAAUAACAAAAGUACAAACAUUUAAUAAUAGAUCAAGUAAUAAAAUGGAUUCAGCAAAUACAUUAUUAGACUAUUCUUCAUCAUUUCCUCCAUGCACUAAAGGGAACACUAAUUUAACUCAAGAAUGUAUCGAGCAAGAGAGAGAACCGGAAUGGUUAGAAAAUGAAGUGGCUGGAAUCAGAAUUUGGCAAUUAGUUGGAAUGGUAUUGUCAGUUAUAUUAGCUGUAACAAUAAUGAUUUGUUGCUGUAUUAGAUUCAGAAUACCGAGGACCAAACAAGAAAUAGAGGCCGAUUAUAUAAGGAAAAAAUUAACGCGCAGUUUCAGGAAAGAAUUAGCUAAGAUUAAUGAUAAAGAAAUGGAUGAAAUGGACUUGAAAAUAGGUAAUUUUUUCUGAUAUAAUGCAUAUUUUAUUCCAUGUCAAUAAUUAAUCCUUUAAAUUAAAAAAAGUAUUAUUAUUAAUAUUGGAAGUUUGUACAAUGAAGACUAACAAUAUAUUAAUAUUACUCAAGAUGCAUUUAUUAAUCAUAACAAUAUAAUAA